AUGGUUAUGAUAGUGAUUGUGAUGAACGUAGAAAAAAUUUAUCCCUAUCAACUUCCGGCGGCAUUUGCACGGACGCAACUGGAAUCCCUUUCCUCCUUGGACAUCGAUUCUAUGCCAUAUCCGUACAGGUUGACCGGAAUAGUGUGCACCAUCGGACCAGCAAGUCAGUCAGUUGAAGUGCUUGAAAAGAUGUUUGAAGCCGGGUGCAGUGUGGCUAGGAUGAACUUCUCACACGGCUCUAAGGAGUACCACACACAAACGCUGGAAAACGUUAGAGCAGCGGCUUCAAGGUUCUGGCUGCCUAUCUGCAUUGCCCUUGAUACGAAAGGACCUGAGAUCAGAACUGGGAUUUUGAAGGAAGCCUGCGAUGAGAAAACAAUUUUUGUGGACUACAAGAACAUCGUCAACGUCAUGAGUGUUGGCAAGAGUAUCCUCAUUAAUGAUGGGGCUAUCUCGCUCAUUGUUAGAGAUAAGGGUCCCUUCUACCUGAAGUGCGAGGUGGAGUACGGCGGCCUGCUCUCCAACAGCAGGGGGGUCAACUUGCCAGGGACGGAUGUCGAUCUGCCCGCUGUCUCCGAGAAGGACGUCAAGGACAUUUUGUUCGGCGUGGAUAAUGGGGUGGAUGUCAUCUUCGCCUCCUUCAUUCGCAGCGGGGAUGCGGUCCGAAGCAUCAGGCAGAUACUCGGCGACAAGGGCAAGAAGAUUAAAAUAUUCUCCAAAAUUGAAAAUCGGGAAGGCGUGAAAAGAUUCAACGAGAUAUUAGAGGCAUCGGACGGCAUAAUGAUAGCCCGCGGUGAUCUGGGCGUGGAAAUCCCGCUGGAGAAAGUCUUCCUGGUGCAGAAGAUGAUCACCGCCCGGACUCUACGGACAGGCAAGCCGAUCAUCUGUGCCACGCAGAUGUUGGAGAGCAUGAUAGAGAACCCUCGUCCUACCAGGGCGGAGACCCUGGAUGUUGCCAACGCUGUGAUGGACAGUGUCGACUGCAUUAUGCUCUCUGCCGAAACAGCCAAAGGAAAGUGGCCGAUCUUGUGCAUCGAGAUUCAGUCGAAAAUAGCAAAAGAAGCUGAAUGUGCGUUGUACCACCGGCAGUUGUUUGAGGAAUUAAGGAUGUUGACUCCGAAACCGACCGACAUACCGAGAACAACUGCCGUAUCUGCAGUCGAAGCUUCCAUCGAAUGCAUGGCUUCAGCGAUUAUUGUCCUCACCGUCAGUGGAAGGAGUGCAGCGAUGAUAUCGAGCUACAGACCUCGCUGCCCCAUCAUGGCUGUCACCAGGGAUGAAACAACGUCCAGGCAGCUCAGACUCUUCAGAGGAGUCAUUCCCAUCUGGUAUAAAGCUCCGAAAGCCAGCCCAUUCGAGAAGGAUAUAGACAACAGAUUUCAAUACGCAUUGAAACUUGGAGAGCAGAAGGGCCUGAUAAACAUUAACAAUUUCGUGGUGGUGGUACAUGGUAGCAAGCCUGGUUCCAGCAGCACAGACAGUGUCAGGGUUAUACAACAUGCCAGAAAAUAA